CCGGGCCAUUCUAGUUCAGCAGCAGCAGAGCGGCGGCCCUGCCCCUGGGAAGGAGAGCAGCAUUGUCCCACACACACCUGGCUGAUGUCAGCGCUGGGAUGGGGCAGAGCCGGGGAGGGAGAACACUCCGGGAGACAGGAAGUGGGGAGGGAAGAGACAAGAGAAAGGGAGCUGAGUGGCGAGAAGUAAGUCGCUGGGACAGCGCCGCAAUGCUACUGCCUGAGAAGCAGCGAAGCAUGUACUGAUCGCUUCCCACUGGGGAUCCUGCCACCUACUACCCGCCAGGGGUGUAACCAAUCGACACCAUGUCUCAAAGAAAUUCCGAUUCGUCACUUGGAGAAAAAUCCUCGCUUUUGUUUGACAGAAAGAAAUAUGCCUCUGAAUUUAAGAAGAGCGCAACCUUGGGCCCUGCAGUAACAAGAAGGACUGAUGUAUCAAGAAGGACUUUAGAACCUGUGGAUAAUGCCUCCUACAUUCCAGAACAAAUCCCUUCUCCUGUGGAAGCCUCCAGGGUUAUACUAAGCACACAAAGCCCAGCGGCACAUAAACUUGGGACUCAGCAAAUGAUUCCAAAAGGUUUAGCUGUGGCCACCAAGACCAAAGUCCCACGUCAUCAUAGCUUUGCCGCCACAACUUUCACCAAAGAAUUAGCCCGCAAUGAUCCAAAAAGAAUAUCUGCUCCUGAUAUUUGUCUGGAUCUUUCAGAAGAUGAUCUAGACACAGGGGGGACAUUAAAAAGAAAUUUAAGAAACCAGUCUUACAGGGCAGCUAUGAAAGGGUUCCAAAACUUUGAAGACAGUGAACCCCAAAAGCCUGUGUCAACCUUAAUGCCUGUAUCAGAAGAUGCAUCUGUGCCUCCUCCACGCAGUCCUGGGAGAUCUAAGAAAACCUUUGGAAGAAAGAGAAUGCAGAGACACGCAGGUUCCUUCAAAGAUGACCCACGGCUGUACCAAGAGUUCCGGGAGCGAGGACUCAACUCCAACAAUCAGGAAUCCGAUGAUGACCUGCUGGAUGAAAAGGGGGAGGCAGAGCAGCCGGUGCCAGAUGAUGGCAUAGUGGUUAAGAACUAUCGGCCUGCCCAGCUAAUCUGGAGCCAGCUUCCUGAGGUACAAGAGUCUGGAAUUUUGAACAAGAUUUCCCCUGAAGAGCGGAAGCGCCAAGAGGCAAUAUUUGAGAUCAUUACAUCUGAAUACUCCUACCAGCACAGCUUGGGCAUCCUCGUCCGUCUCUUCAAAAAAUCUGAAGAACUAAAACAAACCAUUACCAACACUGAACACCACCAUCUCUUCUCCAACAUUGCAGAGAUACAGGAAGUCAGCAAACGAUUUUUUGAAGACCUGGAGAAAAGGCACAAAGAAAACCCAUUCAUUGACAACAUAAGUGAUAUUGUAGAACAUCAUGCUCAGAAUAAAUUCCAGCCCUACGUGAGUUACUGCUCCAAUGAAAUGUACCAGCAACGGACUCUCCAAAGGCUCAUGUCCACCAAUGGGACAUUUAAAGACACCUUAAAGCAAAUCGAAAUGAAGGCGGAAUGCGGUGGCCUGCCCAUGUUUUCAUUCCUAAUUUUGCCAAUGCAGAGAGUUACACGUCUUCCUCUACUGAUGGAUACUAUUUGCCAAAAAAUGGACAUGCGCACUAAAGAAUAUGGAGAGACAACUCAUGCCCUGAAAGCCUUAAGCAAGUUGGUUAAGCAGUGCAAUGAAGGGGCACGGAAGAUGGAAAGGACAGAACAGAUGUACACCCUGCAAACGCAGCUUGAGUUCGGAAAGAUCAAGCCUUUUCCACUCAUUUCUGCCUCGCGCUGGUUGCUGAAGAGAGGUGAACUUAACCUUGUAGAGGAAUCUGGAGUUUUCUGGAAAGGCUUUGGAAAGACUUCUUGCUAUCUCUUCUUAUUCAAUGACAUCCUUAUAAUAACAAAGAAAAAAAGUGAGGAAAACUACAUUGUAACAGAUUAUGUCAUGAUGGAUCAGUUUGCUGUGGCUAAAAUAGAAAAUGGUGACCCACAGCUAUCGCCUCCUGCAAAGACUGGGACAAGUGGCCCCCGUAGUCCAAAUGGGCCCUUCUUGUUCCAGAUUCAUAUCAGUAAGAACAGUGAAGGGAAACAGGAUGAAAUUGUGUUGGCGGCUGACAGUCUGAGUGAUAGAGCACGGUGGGUUGCUGCACUUGAGCGGAAGGAAGACAACAAAGAGAACAGCAGAUCUAGGAGAGGAGGACUGCGCCAGGUGGAAAUAAUAAAGGCUUACUUGGCCAAACAAGCCGAUGAAAUUUCACUCCAACAAGCUGAUGUGAUGCUGGUGUUGCAGGAAGAAGAUGGUUGGUAUCAGGGAGAAAGACUACGAGACGGAGAAAGAGGUUGGUUUCCUGAGUCAUGUGCUAAGGAAAUUACCAACCAAACAGCCGUAGAAAGGAAUGUUCAGCGAAUGGAGAGACUGAGGAUUGAGACGGAUGUGUAAUGGAAGAGAUGGACUUUCCAAGCCAAGGCUGCACUCUGAGACAGACUUGUGAAUCCAUGCAAUGCACAGCUCUUGGACCGGUGGUUGGUCAACUUCGUUUGGAUCAUAAAAUACAUUUCAAGGGAUCUUCUACACCUUUUCCAAAAGGGAAGUUUGUUCUACUGCAUUGAGGCCAAUCGCAGCGGAUGUUACUAGGUUGCCAGAAGACCCAUGGGAACAUGACAUUUAAAUUUGGGCGAUCUUGGUCACCCUGCCCUGGCUUAUAUUACCCAGGGAGCAACACUGCAUGCUCCAAACUGGCAGGACAUUUUCAGUAUGAUUCAAACAGCUGUGACAUAUUUAAUGAAGCAGUGUGUUGUUGGGGUAACUCAAUGCCAAGUUGGGGAAGAGCAGAAUAGUGAGGAAUGAAAGCCUCCCCAAAUAUUUUCUUAUUGCCUUCCCCUCGUAUAAAUCCAGUGUAAAAAUGAAGAGAAACAAGCUGCAGGCUUUAGUUUUGCUUGUAUAGAGGUGUAACACUGUGCAGGCAUGGAAUCUGGAACCCUGUUGCUACAAAAUUUACCACUUCCAUUUUCUGUUGUCUCCUAUUUGAACCAAAAGUUCCUCACCUUCAGUUGAUUUGAUUUUUCUCUAAGCUGGCAUAAAUCCAUGUUAGUAAUAAAAAAAAUGCUAUUGGUUUCUUCUUUUAUUGUUUAGGCAUAGCGCCCCAUGUUACUGACCCAUUAUCCAGGAAUGUUCAGAUCCCAUGCAUUCCAGAUAAUAGAUCCCAUAACUGUAUCCACUCUCGGAAACACAUGCAAACCAAUAACAGGCAUUGAGUUGCCAAACACCACAUGUUCUUUGUCCUAAAUAUAAUCAAAAAUGGUGUCUUGCCAAUAGGAAUUGAUGUUGCAAAUCCUCACUGUUCUUUCCCAAAAUAAUCUAUGGGGCUCUUACUCUGAUUUUCCUUUCUGGGGCAAAAUGUUGAUAGGAAUUCUGCAUUUUCAUGGACAGUUAUAGCUUUGUUAUUGCAGGAAUUCUGGCAGAUCUACAUAGGGCUUUAUUAACAUUGGAGACAAACAUUACAUUAUUGCCCAUAGCAAUCAGAUGUUUGAUUUUGUUUCUAGCUUGUAGACUAGCAUUCAAAUCUAAUUGCUGAUUGGCUGCUAUGGGCAACAUCACCAGUGAUGUUUGUCUCCAUUGUUAAUAAAUACACCCCUAAAAAUCUGCAUUUUGGUGCUUUACUGUAUCUGCUGCAAUCUUUUUCUAGGAAAUUAUAUACGUGAGCCUUUGUUAUGGGUAUUUUGUACAUAUUCUACACCAUAACCAUUUUUUAGUAAAUAAUUGAAAUGAAUGUAUUUGGGGGAAAUGCUGUAUAUAGCUACAGUGAUGCCAAAAUGAUUUGGUCUCUUUUAGAAUAAAGAGAGAAAAAAAAGUCCAGAGAUCAUUUUACAUGUAUGUUAACUGAAAUAUUAUAGCAAUAUUAAAGUGGCAGUUUACCUUAAAUUAACGUUAAAUGUGAUGUAGACAUUGAUAUUCUUGGGCAAUAAAUUUCUUUAUUUUUGAUGGUU